AACUCUCAUAGCAAGAAUCCACUGGGAUCAGCUGAAAUCAUGUCUGGAACUGUGGACAUACCCACAGAGUUGAAGAACUCUCUUCGCAAAUUCCGAUUUGCAAGGAGAAGUGCAGGUAACGCAGCGUUGAUCGUCAAAGUCAACAAAUCGAAGCUGAUAAUGGAAGAGGUAGAGGUAUUCGAUUCCAUUUCAGUCGAUGACCUUGCUGAGGAACUGCCGGAGAAUUCCCCGCGAUUCGUUCUGAUGUCAUAUGAGCUCGAGCAUCGGGAUGGCCGAAAGUCCUUCCCUUUGAUCCUGAUCAACUGGGCGCCUUCCACCUGCGAGAUCAGCAUGUUGACGUUGCACGCAAGCGCUUUUUUGCAAUUCCAAAAUGCUGCUGAUGUUUCAAAGAUAAUCGAGAUUAGGGACGGUACCGAGUCGCUCACGAAGGACGCCAUCGAUGCGAAGCUCUUGACUUAGCUCCAUCAAUUAGGGGAUAUGCAUGUCAUGCCAUACUGAAAGCGCAUGCAUUGUAUCAAUAGACACGAAGUGAUAGCAUAUCUAGUCAUCGCUUGUUUGGGGGUUCAGUACAUGCUAGGUACGAGUUGACUAUGUACAGCAUAGAUC